UGAAAUGUUACAGGAUCACCCCCUACUCCUGGGUUGUUACUGCUGUACUGUGUACAAAAAAGUGGUCCCACUGGCCGGCUGUGCUGUCCUUACGACUCGGCACAUACUGACUACGGCGACGUCAACAGAGCUCGUGCUUAAGGACUAUGGUCAGAAAAGACAUCUGCACAAUCUUCUGGGUGCCUGGUACGAUAUGUCAGAAUACGCACAGAACAACAGCGUUUAUAUGACCCCUGCAAGAAUUCAUUACCAUCCUAAAUAUAUAAUGCCAGAAGCUGUAAAUGCCUCGCAUCCAAUCCCGGGAGUCUUUGAUUUGGCAGUAUGGGCAGCAACAUAUCCAUUUUUUUACCAUAGAGAUGACUAUGAAACUAUAAACACCUACGUAUGCAACAGAGCGGGAUCGCUACAAUUCGGCUCUCCGACGCUUGGAGCCGUAAAACAGCCCAUCGCCAUCAUAGUUGGAUUCCAAUUCAUAAAGUGGUUCAAAAGAUUUCCUACCCCUUUUGACAAAUAUGCGGUGAAAACACAAAAGUACACUGGUAAAUGUCCAAAGAGCGAAUGGGGGUGGUUCUUCUGCGUUUGGGGCAGAUGGGCAGGGUUAGGGCUGGACAGUGGAGCCGCUCUCCACAGGUCAACGCAAGGGCAAUCUUGGCUCUACGACGGCCUUCUGGGCUUGAACGCUUUCUCUAUGGACCUGAGGGCCAAAGAGAUGACCCACUACUUCACUCCACUGGAAAACCACGCCGUUUUGUCCUGGCUCUAUGACGCAUAUAUGGGCAGAGUGGAUUAUCGCUGGCUGGAUGAUCGUUUUGAGAACUCGGAAUGGAUGGCACCGGUGCCAAAAAAAGGAAACAAAAUCGAAUGGGUUUACAACUUCGAGACUACAAGCUGGCCGAACCCUGGGUUCAAUCCUCCGAUAUUUUAUAAAAAAAAAUAA